AUGGCUUCACAGAAGGCUAAUCGCCUAACAGCUUCGCCCACCGAAACCCUGGAAGACGUUCCACGGGUAUCUGAAGUCCCCUCUGGGGCACGGAAAGUCCCCUCUGGGGCACGGGAAGUCCCCUCUGGGGCACGGGAAGUCCCCUCUGGGGCACGGAAAGUCCCCUCUGGGGCACGGGAAGUCCCCUCUGGGGCACGGUUUUUCGGGGCCACCCACGCAUCAGAAGGAUACGUGGUACUGGCAGGGGACGGAGAAUUCAAACACUCCGCGUCCCCAUCUGAGUUUUUGCUUUCGGUUUUACGCCGGAGCCGCGCAGCGAAAAAUUCUGUGGUCUGUCUUGUCUGUUUGUUUCUCGUUGUGUGUCUAACCCUUCUUUAUUUGGAGACCAUCAUGGGACAGGCUGUCGCCACCCCACUGAGCCUAACCACGGACCACUGGUCCGAUGUUAAGGCUCGAGGAAACAAUGAGGGUGUCAUUGUCAGGAAGAAGAAAUGGAUCACCUUCUGCAAGGCCGAAUGGGUCAUGAUGAAUGUCGGCUGGCCGCGAGAGGGAUCUUUUAACCUCUCUCUUAUUUCGCAGGUGGAGGGUAAGGUUUUUGCCCCUAGCCCUUAUGGGCAUCCCGACCAGGUCCCAUAUAUCGCCAUCUGGAGAUCACUGGUCGAGAACCCAUUUCCAUGGGUUAAGCCUUUCCUUCCCCAGCCCCCUCCAGUCUCUGGGCCU